UCAUAUAUACCCCUUCGAAGGAGAGACUUUGUGUGAGAAAAACAAGAACAAGAAAGACAACAACAACAACUAUGUCUCUCUCAGUGUCUGAUUUUCUCCUAAAUUUUCCGGGAAAACAGGAGAAAAUGGAGGGAGAGAUCCAGAGGUUCGCCAUGGUCUGGGCUUCUGCCAUGCUUGCACUCUGUUAUUGUCACACAAUUGGCAGAAUCACCAUACCAGGAAAAUCUCGACUUAUUGCAUUUCUACCUAUUGUACUUCUCUUCCUCUACCUCCCGCUCAAUCUCCACACAAUCUUUCUUGGGGGUCCUACAGCUUUCUUCCUUUCAUGGCUCGCCACUUUCCGACUCCUCCUCUUUGCCGUCGGUAAGGGUCCUCUGUCUUCCACCUCCCCAGUUAUUCCUCUUCAACACUUCCUACUCGUCUCUUGUCUCCCGAUCAAGAUCCUGCAAAACAAGUCCGACCCGUCUCUUAAAACCCACAAAUCUCCCUUGAAUUACUCCGUCAAGUCUCUGAUUUUCGCCACGGUUGUCCCGAUUUUUCAAAACAAAGACAAAAUCAAUCCCAACAUUAUAAAGCUGUCGUAUUGUAUUUACUUGUAUUGCGCUAUCGAGCUGUUUUUGGCUGUGAUUGCAGCCAUGGCUCGAGUUUGGCUGGGCGUGGAGUUCGAGCCGCAGUUCGAUGAGCCGUACCUCGCCACUUCAAUACAGGACUUUUGGGGGAGAAGAUGGAAUCUCAUGGUCACGAGUACCCUGCACCCGACGGUCUACGACCCGGUCCGGAAGAUUUCGGCCCGGCUCUUCGGACGCAAAUUCGCGCCUCUCCUGGCUGUUGUGGCGUCUUUUACGGUGUCUGGCUUGAUGCACGAGCUCAUCUUCUACUACAUUGGAAGAAAAACCCCUAAUUGGGAGCUCACGUGCUUCUUUGUUCUACACGGGGUGUGUUUGGCUAUCGAGGUCGCCGUGAAGAAGGAGAUGAACGGAAAAUUGAGGCUGCCGGGUCUUGUUACAGGUCCGGUGGUGGUGGGGUUCGCUUUGGCUACCGGUGCUUGGUUGUUCAUGCCGGCGGUUUUGAGGUCGGAAUUUGACGUCAAGGCGAACAGGGAGUCUAUUGCCUUCAUCGAAUUUGUUAAAGGUAUUGGUAUUCAUCCAAAUACGCACCGUUUAAUGUAAUUACCAUUUGGUCAUUAUAUGUGUCUGCAGAUUGAAGUCAGAUUCAUAAAUGCGAUAAUGGCUGUUUGGCGGCUUUGGCCUUGAUCUUGACCAAACUUAAUGUAUCCAAACUUGUCAAUUUUACUUUUUAUUC